UUGUUUACCUCUAAAAUUUUCUUUAUUUUCCGCGAUAUUUGCUCAAAUUCCCGUCAAAAUGUUGUAAAAACUUUUAAAUAAGCACCUCGGACAUCCAUAUCACAUGAUAGUUUACCCCUACAAAAGCUGAAAUCGAAAAAUUUGGUAAUUAGGUGAUGUCGUCGUAUGCAACAAGUGGUUGAUUUUUCACUUUUGUCGUCGUAAAUGCAGUAAAAUCAGCACAAAAGAAUGUUAACACUGCUCAGCGAACUCCGUUUGUGGAGUCAAACAAGUGCUGCGCAGCAAGAAUCUCCCUCAGCAGUCAAAUUCUUGGAAAAUGAGAAACACACACAACGUCUCCGACGAAACCUGAAAAAGCUGGAAGUGAAGCUGAAACAUCACAAAUUGGUUUAUUGCGAGUGGAUCCAGUCGAAUAUUGUGCAGCUGAUGCUCUCGAAUGGCUUGCUGGCGUACAUUGUGCUGCAUCCGAACACGUCGCAACUCUCGCUCGUGGCCUUUGACAAAUAUUUCAUCGGGAAACUCGUCUCGGAAGCAGUUCACAACGUCAUUGUCUCAAAAAUGCACAUUCUUAUUUCGUACAAUGAGAACCAAAUUACCUUCGUGCAUCUGCAACGACCGCCUGUGCGACGAAGUCAACCCACAAAAAUCCACAAUAUGGAGCCGAAAAUCUUCCAUUUCGUCAUUGGCGGCAGUAUUCGUAAAACCCCGCGGCAUCUUUCGUGCAAUUUAUCGUGUGACUUGUUGGCAGUUUGGACAAAAGGCUCCCAAAUGGAAGUUUAUCCGUGGCGCCCCACGACAAAAGAUCAGGAACGCGCGAAUUUGCAUAUUUACAAGCUAUCCCGCAUGAAACUCGAAUUACAAUGUUACUUCUGGACCGAAUUCGAUCCGAUUUGCAUCGAGUUCUCCAAGCAGCACGAAAACCAAUUGCACUCCAUUGAACAACGAAUUUCGCGAAAAGGCGUCGUUUCCGUCGAAAGUUGCGUCUAUCAGCUGAACAAAUCAAAAAUUGCUCGUACUUCGGUAACCUCGAUCCCGCUCCAAACGCAGGCUUGUUGCGCCUCCUUCAGUCCGGACCACGAAAAAAUCAUGUUGGGCUGCAUUGACGCUUCAAUAAUUCUCUUUGACGAAGGUCGUGGCAUCACACAUCUCGUUAAAGCGGCAUUUAUCCCGCAACACGUGUCGUGGCAUUGCGAUUCUGCCUUGUUGAUGAUCGCGAACGAGCGUUGCCAACUGCAAUGCUUCGAUAUUUCGUUGUCAUGCGUGAAAAAUCAACUACUUUCCGAUGAAAUAAGUCCCAGCACGGUUCUGGAUCUCUCGACUUAUCUGACGGGACCUUCGGUGAAUCUCGUGAAAAUGUGUUUCAGCAAAAAAUCCGAUGUAAUGACGCAUUUUGAAAAGUACGCGCCAAAUGACACGCAUCUCGUGAUGUGUUUGGACUCGGGGAUGAUGGCUUGUUUGCGGAUUGUUGGCGGCGCCGGUAUGAAAGGUGACAUUCACAAGACAGGUUUCACGGCAGACGUCUUGGUUCACAACUACAUCCAGCUGGGACACGUGGAAAAGGCGAUAAAUAUUCUGCUGAGCUUGAAUUGGGACGCCUACGGGGCAAUGUGUCUCGUAUCGCUGCACAAAAUCGCGAAUUUCAUCUUUAAGCAGCCGCUGUCGUCGGAACGGGAAGUGCAACUGCAAAAGGCACUCGGAAGUUUUCAUGUGCCCGUGAAGCCGUUAUGCGACGAAACUGUCGAAGAGUUCGGGGACCAAGUUGACGACAUCACACGACGAUUUUUCCAUUACAUGAUGCGCAAUAAUUCGUUCGAAAAAGCGUUUAGUUUGGCAAUUGACAUCAACGAUGCGGAUCUUUUUAUGGAUUUAUAUCGCGUCGUGCAGCAACAUGAUCGUCCCGACUUGGCAGCAGAUGCGCUAAAACGCGCCGAAGUUAUUUACAAGCAAAUUGAGGAAGAUGAGGCACGAAGUACGAGUUCCCAUUCCACGUGUUCGCGGUCUUCGUGCUCGCAAUGCAUGACGGAGAGCGAAUCCGAGGAAGAUUCUGAGCGCGAAAACGAUCGAAAUGGCUCUGCGGACGAAGAAAUCACACCAAAAGCGAAAAAACCCGAAGGAAUAAUGAAACCAAAAUUGUACAAAAGUAAUUCUGCCGACUUGCUAAAUGAACCGAUUCAUCGCCCGCUGAAGUAUCAAAGCAGCAAUAUGCAACAACAGUACAUGCCACCGUUACCGCAACCCGUAAAAGCCACAGUCGCCCAAAAAAUCCAAAUCCCCAAGCCGGAAUUGCGCAAUAAAAUGAUGACCUCGAUCAUGACCGCCGCCACAACAAACAUAAAACAAGCGGAAAACGUCUACGAAAAUCGACCCACAAUCGAUCGACGGAUACUCGAUGAGCCCGAUAACAACAACUACGGUAGUUUUUCGCUCGAAAACCUGGAUUACUUAAGUAAUCGACCUCCAAAACCGACGCCACGGUCAUUUCUGAAUCCAGCAACUGCUUAUCGGGCCUCCGAAGAGAUGCUGAAUGUCAUUCCAACACCCGCCCCACAAAAUUUACGCUCAAAUCGCAUCGACCAAACAAUUGGCAUUCCCGUGUCGAAUGAAAAUCCGCCCAAUUUUGGAAUUUUUCCGCAACAACAGCAACCGCAAAGAUCAAAACCCUUCUUUCCGACGCCUUAUAACAACGCCAGCACCGAAUUUUCCUACAAACCAGUAUUUCCCGUUCCACCGAUCAUCCAUAAUCAUCCCCUAAUUGCCGGAAAUAUACCGUCGAUGUAUCCGACGCCGCCAGCAAGUGCCCUUAAAAAAGAUAAUUCCCCGUCGAAGAAGGAAGUUAACUCGAUUCUCACCAACAAUAAUGCUCCAAGUCCGAAACGCGAUGGCGAAACGAACAAGGAAAAGAAUAAAGUGAAGUUUUCGGAUACCGUUCAAAUUGCCGUUGUGCCUGAGAUGCCCGGACGAAAGGAUAAAAGUCUCGGAGUGAGCAUGAAAAAGAUGGUUUUGAACCCGCGAAUGGCAAAUCCCGAAUUGGCGGAAAGUUUGCCGUUGUGUCAUCCGAACGACGAUUACUUGAAGGACUUUAAUCCGAUGCCAGUCGAACAACGAACAACAAUGAACGGAACAAAAUCAAGUGACCUUAAAAAUGAACGAAAUCCUGAUGGGAACAGCAAAAAACCGGGAUCGUCAGUGAAAGUUGUGCAUUUUGGAGUCGUCUGAACGACAAAUCAAUACAAAUUUACAAACCUCGUGGAUAUUAUUCAGAGAUUUUUUUAUCUCUAACGUGAAUUAAUUUAUCAAGGCAAUCUCAGAUUUUAACAUUUUAUUACAUUCCCCAUUUAUUAUAGGAAUUAAGAAUUUUCUAUAAAAAAAAAUAUUUUAAACA